AUGGUUUUCAUUAAAUACGCUCUCCCCGUCCUCGCUGCGGCUCAGGCCGUCUUCGCUGCUGACUGCGGUGACGGUGAUACCAUUCGCAUCCGUAGCCAGAGCGACCUGGACAGCUACAACACCUGCGAGGAUCUCGACGGUGAUGUCGAGAUUGCCAGCAGCGUCGCCGGCGACCUUACCCUCAACGGUGUUCAGAGAAUCAAGGGCGCCCUGACCUCCUCUGGUGCCGCUAACGUUACCACGUUCAAUGCUCCCCUCCUUGAGACCAUCGACAAAGAAUUCCACUUCGAGGGCCUUGUUGGUGUCACCUCCCUCCAGUUCCCUCAACUGAAGUCUGUUGGAUCUCUCAACUUCGAGGCCCUCCCACUCUUGCAGACUCUGGGUUUCACCAGCGGCGUUACCAAGGCUGGCAGCGUGUCCAUUGUCAACACUGGUCUGACCACCCUUGAUGGAAUCUCGCUCAACUCCGUCGGCAGCUUCAUCAUCACCGACAACACUCAGCUCGAGACUGUCGACGUCAACAACCUCAAGAACGCCACCAACUUGAUCAACUUCGCUGGUAACUACCACGAGCUGGAGAUUUCUCUUCCCAACCUUGCCCAAGGAACCAACCUUACCAUCCGUAACGUCAGCUCUGUUUCCAUUCCUUCGCUCACCAAGCUCGAGGGUCAGCUGGGUUUCUGGGGUAACACCUUCUCCAGCCUGGCUGCUCCUAACCUCACCGAGACUGGUGACCUUGUUUUCGAGGACAACGAGCGCCUCUCCAACCUCAGCUUGCCCGCUCUCGAGACUGUCAACGGUGGCUUCCUGAUCACCCGUAACGACGAGCUCAACACCAUUAGCUUCCCCAAGCUCGCCACCGUCACCGGUGCCAUUGAUUUCAGUGGUGCUUUCGACCGUGCUUCUCUUCCCUCUCUGAAGAACGUUCGUGGUGGCUUCAACAUGCAGAGCACUGGAAACUUUAGCUGCGACACCUUUGACAACUGGAAGGACAACACCAUCCACGGAACCUACGAGUGCAAGGCUGCGACCAACAACCCCACCACCUCCGAUGGCAGCUCUGGAUCCAGCACCAGCACCAGCACCUCCUCCGCCGAUGACUCCGACUCCACCGAGGAUGCUGCCGUCCUGACCGCUGCUAACGUCCCCGUCAUGGGUGCCGCUGCCAUCUUCGGCAUGCUCGUCCAGUAUGUUUUGUAA